AUGACGGACAUCCUCCCAGGAGACAACAGUACUCUCGACGUAAACGAGAACAGACGUGACUUUCAAGAGAGUUUUGAUACAACUGAAAUCAACCUUUCAGCGACAACACAUUCACUAGACUCGGAUAAUAACAGUCUUGCUAUUUUUGACGUGACUACAAGAUUCCACAAGACAGAUCGACACCAAGCGUCGUUUUAUAUCAGCGAAAAUUAUUUUGAAGACGUAAAUCAAACAGUCAACUUCGCCGACCAAUCAGAUUCAACGAAACAUAACCGUUUCUUCACAAAUUACGAAAAUGUAACAGAAAAUCAUCACCUACAACGAACUUCUUACAACGUAACAAUUAUGAAUUCGACGGAAUUAAUAGAGAACUACUCAUAUAGCUUGGAACAAACUACUCCAUCUCUCAUUAAUUUGACUAGCACACUACAUUUUGAAUCAAUACAAGACUCGCCAUUUAAAAAGAUAGACAAUACAUCUAUUUCGAACAUUCCAGUAGAAUUGUCAGUGUUUCCUGUAAAUAUAUCCAACUCUUUUCAAAUGUCGCCAGAAUUCUCGGUGGUAGAAAGUUUGUUAAAUGUUGAUUCCGAGUUUUCGUCUCCAUGUUGGUUAAAUUCUUCCCUAGUCUGUAACAGUAGCAACAGUUCCGGAAACCCAACGUCUUUCACCUUUGACCUCACAUCGUGGUUGACAUUGACACCAUCGAAUACGGCCGAUGAUUGGUUCGACGCUUCCGGUCACACGGCUGAUGAGACAACUCUAGUGCUGAAAGUGAUUUUAUUGGCAUUUAUCUCCCUUGUUGGUUGCUUGGGGAAUAUUUUGGUCAUUUGGAACGUUGUUAAGGAACGUCGUCUCCAUCGCCCGCCCUUCUACUUCCUGUUGAGCCUGGGUGUGACAGACUUGUCGCGGGCUGUGUUCUGUGUGCCUGUGGUUAUCACCACCGUUCUGCAUGGGUCUCGUUGGAGACAUGGUGAUUCCGCAUGCAAGCUCUUCGCCUUUGCCACGUCAUUCUUCGUUUUCAGCUCUGUUCUGUCCCUUCUGGCUAUCGCUAUCGACCGCCACUUCUGCGUCGUCUACUCCAAGAUAUAUCGGCGUCGAGCUCCUGGCAUUGCUAACCUGGUAGUCGCCAUUAUUAUCUGGAUCAUCGCUUUCUCCAUCUCCUUCCCUCCUGUACUGGGAGUUGGAGAGUACGUCUUCGUCCCAGAGGAAACCCAGUGCACAUAUCAUCAUAAACAUUACAGUAUCAACGACUCCGUGUCAACAGUUAUGAUAUUCGUCGCCAUUUUAUUAGUGACCUACUUUUUCUACUUCCGUAUUUUCUGUUUCCUGCGAGACCAUCGGCGCAUGCGCCCUCUGCAGCAUACUCCAGCUAUGAGCUCCAACUGGGCGUUUAUAGGACAAGGCGCCAAUGGACAAGCGUUCAUUAACUGGUUGAACGGCUUCGGCGGUCAAGUACCAAUCCGCCAAGGAGGCCAGAGAUCUGUCCAAAGACUUAACUUUGGCCGAGUGGUCAAUUUAUCGAUCACCAAAAACGAACACUUGACCCGGCUGUUUCUGAUUUUAACCGUCGUUUUUGGGAUCUCCUGGUUACCUUAUAUCAUAGUCUCGGUAUGGCGGAUAUUUUUUGAUACUAGGAUCCUACCUGCGGCCUUUGUGACAACGUCCGCCUGGCUAGCACACGGACAAGUCGCCCUGUGUCCAGUUGUUUAUUUUACAGCUAGUGGCUCCAAGAAGAAACACGCAAGAACCGUCUACUCACAAGCGGAGAAGAGUAGUUUUCUUCUAGAAAACAAAGCUAGGAAAUAA